GAAAGUAGUGUGCUGCCUAACCGAUAAUGCAGCAAAUGUUACUAAGGCUAUACAAAUCAUUGGAUGGACACACCUACCAUGCCUGGCCCAUACUAUUAACCUGGUGGUAAGAGAUGCACUGCAAGCUUCAAAGCCCAUCAUUGAUAAGGUGAAAGAGGCAGUGGAAUACUUUCACAGAAGCACCGUGGGGGCACAAAAACUGAAGGAGACUCAACUACAAAUGAAGAUGGAGGAGCUCCGACCGAAACAGGAUUGUUCUACUAGGUGGAAUUCCACCUACUACAUGUUGAAAAGCUUUAUUGCCAGUAAAAAUGCCAUAAUCUCCACCCUGGCCGUCACCAAUGCACCUGUCCGCCACCUGUCCCAGGAGGAAUGGACCACAGUGCAAGAAUUGUGCACAAUCUUGCAACCAUUUGAGGAAGUCACUGUGGAACUCAGUGCAGAAAGGUAUGUAGCUUGGUUGCACAGCAGUAUAUUUCUUUUGCAUGCAUGCAUAGUACCUGAUAGUAAAUUAUGAAUAUUUUAUACCAUAUUAGAAAUCUGUGUAAUACACUGGGGUAUAUAUCAUUGUCAGUAGAUUUUUGUAGCCUGCAUGCCAAUAUCCUGAAAAAUAAAUGUAUAAAAAAUAUUUUUUUUAUUUAAAACAAAAAUAGAUUUGAUAUCACAAUACAUAUUUGUUUAAUACAUUGUAAUAUUUAUCAUUGUUUCAGCUUUAAAAUUGUAACAUUAAAGUUUUUUUCACCAGCUACUUGACAGCCUCGAAGGUCAUAGUGCUGGCCAGGGGACUUCAAAGAGCCACCGCUGAUUUCCGGCGAAACACUACAACAGCAGAAGCGCAAGCUGUGAUCGACAGUCUGUGUGCGAGUAUGUCAACGCGAUUCCACAAGAUUCAUGCCAAUCACAUACUAGCAGAGACUGCUGCACUUGACCCGCGUUUUAAGAGGAUGGCCUUCCCUGAUGCCAGAACAGCAGAUGAGACAUUUCAAAGGCUGUCAACUGCAGCAGCAAGAAUUAGCAGUGGUACACCCAUACAACAGCAACCAGCUGUGGAAGGACUGGAAGGAGCAGGCAGUGGUGCUGGAUCAAUAGUUUGGAGCUAUUUCCAUGAGCAAGUAGCUGGAACAGUGGAAGCCAGGAAUCCAACCGCCGAUGCUGUCAUGGAGGUACGAGCCUACCUGGAGGAGCCUCUUCUUGCAACACAUGAGGAUCCCCUCAAGUGGUGGGAGAGUCGUGCCCCUGUUUACCCCAGGCUUAGCAAGCUGAUGGCCAAGAAGCUUUGUGUUGUGGCGACAUCAGUUCCCUCUGAGAGAAUAUUCUCAAAAACUGGACAGAUAAUCUCAGAGAGGAGAAGUCGCCUUAAGCCCAAAAAGGUCAGAGCUCUUGUCUUCCUUAAUGCAAAUUUGCCCAAGGACAAGAAAGAGAGGCAGAAAAAGCCAUAA